AUGCGUCCCAUUCUCUUGGCAAUUCUUACGCUAUGGGCGUCAUUGGCCCAAUCAGCUCCAUUGUCCACCGAGGACAACUCUCGCCUAAUCGGCUCCUCAUUCGGCGUCCCCCAGAACGCUACCUAUGACUACGUUGUUGUGGGCGGUGGAAAUGCCGGCCUGACAAUAGCCGCUCGUCUUGCCGAGGACUCCUCGAUUUCAGUUGCCGUCAUCGAAGCAGGCACCUUCUAUGAAAUCUCUAAUGGCAAUCUCAGCCAAAUCCCAGCCUACGAUACAUACUGGAGCGGAAAGGAUCCCGAAAAUGUCAGUCCGGUUGAUUGGGGGUUUAUUACAACGCCACAAGACGGCCUCCUGAACGCCAGUGUUCAUUAUGCUCGCGGUAAAGCCCUAGGCGGAUGUACCGCGCGCAACUACAUGGCGUAUCACAUAGGAACCAUCGAGUCUUACGAGAAAUGGGCCGACCAGGUCGGCGAUGACAGCUACACCUAUGAUGGCCUUCUGCCUUACUUCCAGAAGAGUCUCAAUUUCACGCCUCCGGGGCCGUCUAGGGCUGCCAAUGCGACUCCAAGCUAUGACGAGGCAUCGUUGGGGUCGGGCGGUGGGCCAUUGUCUGUGACCUUCUCAAACUACGCCAAUGCCAUGUCGUCCUGGGUUGAGAAGGGAUUCGCAGCGAUUGGAAUCAAGCCGAUUCAGGGGUUUACCAGCGGUGCGCUUAAUGGGUCUGCUUAUGUGCUGGAGACGAUCAAUGCGGCUGACCAGACGCGCGAGUCUUCUGAGACUGCAUUUCUGCAGCCUGCGUUAGAGUCGACUUCACUGACGGUCUACCAGUCUACCUUGGCGAAGAAGGUUUUGUUUGAUUUGGAGAAGACGGCAAACGGUGUGCUGGUCGAGUCGGAUGGCGUUGAGUACACUUUGUCCGCUAGAAAAGAGGUCAUUGUCUCGGCUGGGGCUUUCCAAUCUCCUCAGUUGUUGAUGGUGUCUGGUGUGGGACCCAAGGCUACUCUUCAGAAACACAACAUUCCCGUCGUGGCAGACCGACCUGGUGUAGGCCAGAACAUGUGGGAUCACAUCCUGAUGGGACCAACCUACCGCGUCAACGCCAUCACUUCAUCCUCACUGGCAAACCCAGAUGCCCUCAGCGAAGCCAAUGACCUCUUCAUCAACAAACAAGAAGGCAUCCUCACCAACUCCGGCGGCGACUUCCUUGCCUGGGAGAAAAUCCCCUCCUCUUACCGAUCCCCCUGGCCCGACAACACCCUCUCCGCUCUAACCCAGUUCCCCAGCGAUUGGCCUGAAGUCGAGUACCUAAGUAUGAGCGGAUUUCUAGGCUACCAGCAGAACUACCAGCGCGAUGCUCCAACGGACGGAUACAACUAUGCAACCGUGUCUACGGCACUAGUCGCCCCGCUCUCUCGAGGAACUAUCGACAUUUCUUCAGCUGAUAUGGCUGACGCGCCGGUAAUCAAUCCAAACUGGCUCACUCAUCCCGCGGACCAGGCGGUUGUGGUGGCGGGGUACAAGCGCGUGCGGGAGAUGUUCAAUAGCACUGUCAUGGAGGAUAUUCUGAUCGGGCCUGAGUAUUUCCCGGGCGAGGAUGUGCAGAGUGAUGCAGAGAUUUUGGAGGUUAUUCGCAAGACGGCGAGUACUGUGUAUCACGCUGCCUGUACUUGUGCUAUGGGUAAGGAGGAUGACGAGAAGGCCGUCAUUGACACCAAAGCGAGGGUAUACGGAGUGAAGGGGCUGCGGGUGGUUGAUGCUUCGUCGUUCCCGAUCUUGCCCCCGGGACAUCCGAUGGCUACUAUUUACGCUCUUGCUGAGAAGAUUGCCCAUGAUAUCCUGAGCUCAUAG